GGACGGAAGUAUUUGACGAACGGACAGCGCUGGAUACAUGAGGAUUUUCAGUUUGUGUUCUUCCAGAGACGCGUUUUGCUUCAGUAGUGACCGCUAAAAUUCAACCGAACAGUGAGAUAAUAACAGCAAUCGAUAGAAAAAUAUUUUUCUGCAGCUAAAUUCAGAAUAAUGUGAAACGUAAAUGUUGUUUGUGAUAGUGUUGGUAGCACACUAAACGUCGAGUUUUCCCCCAAACUAUCGUUAUUAUGCUGUUACAGUUUUUAUUUUGUACAGUAAGCGAUUUCUUUAACCUUAAGUACUUAGAAUAAGGAAGCACUUAUUUCUUCAAUGUUAUUUACUCAGCGUAGCUUUACGCUAACUUGUCUGACAAGGACACUAUUUGCAAAGUGUUUCUUAGCAGCUAACUCCAGUAAAUGGUUGUUCAUUUAGAGCUACAGAUAAAGACAGCGCCUGGAGCUAUCUAAACAUGAAAUACCUCAGGAUUUUAAAACCCCUGUUUAACGCUCCUCAUCAGUGGACACCUGUCAGGUGUAGCCAGCCCAGAUAUUGUUCUAAAUCAGCCAACACCACUGUCACCUCAAGAGAGAAGAGAACAGCUGUAGGCAAGUUCAAGAGUCACAUAUCAUCUGGACCAAGUUUUCAGGAUUUUAUCAAAGGAGUUAACAAUAAUAAUCAUAGUAAGACUUGUGCUGUUGAUGGAGAACAUUCACACAAACAUGAUUAUCUUCCUGAACACUUGGAGAUGGGGAACUCCAGAAAAGUGUAUUUUGAAACCUAUGGAUGCCAAAUGAAUGUAAAUGACACAGACAUAGCUUGGUCCAUAUUACAGAAGAAGGGAUACCAACGCACACUUUAUCUAAAUGAGGCAGAUGUUGUCCUUCUAGUGACAUGCUCCAUAAGAGAAAAGGCCGAACAAACAAUUUGGAAUCGACUACAACAACUGACAGCCAUGAAGAAGAAACGGUUAAAGACCCAAACACCAAUGAAAAUUGGGAUUUUAGGUUGCAUGGCAGAGAGACUGAAGAAAGAGCUCCUGGAGCGGGAGAAGCUGGUAGAUGUUCUUGCUGGUCCCGAUGCUUACCGCGACCUUCCCCGUCUCUUGACUGUGGCUGACGGAGGUAAUCAGGCCAGCAACGUUCUGCUGUCUCUGGAGGAGACGUACGCCGACAUCAUGCCCGUCCACCACGCUCCUCAGGGAUACAGCGCUUUUGUGUCCAUCAUGCGAGGCUGCGACAACAUGUGCAGCUACUGCAUUGUUCCCUUCACCCGAGGGAGGGAGAGGAGUCGACCUGUUAGCUCCAUCCUGGAGGAAGUUCGCAUGCUCUCUGACCAGGGUGUAAAGGAGGUGACGCUGCUGGGUCAGAAUGUGAACAGCUACAGGGACACAUCAGAGCAGCAGUUCUGUGGUUCAGACCUGACCAGGCUCAGCCGAGGCUUUAAGACCGUCUACAGAUUAAAACAGGGAGGUCUGCGCUUCUCCGACCUGCUGGACCAGGUGUCACGCAUUGAUCCUGACAUGAGGAUCAGAUUCACAUCUCCUCAUCCCAAGGACUUUCCUGAUGAGGUUUUGCAUCUGAUUGCAGAAAGAGGGAAUAUUUGCAACCAGAUCCACCUGCCAGCCCAGAGCGGAAGCAGCCAGGUUCUAAAAGCAAUGCGCCGUGGUUACACCAGAGAGGCCUACCUUGAUCUUGUGAAAAACAUUAAGCAAAUCAUCCCAGGUGUGAGUCUCAGCAGCGACUUCAUCUCAGGCUUCUGCGGUGAAUCCGAGGACGACCAUCAGCAGACGCUGUCUCUGAUCAGGGAGGUGGGCUAUAAUGUGGGUUUCCUUUUUGCCUACAGCAUGAGAAAGAAAACCCACGCCUUCCACCAGCUACAAGACGACGUGCCAGCAGAGGUGAAGCAGCGCAGACUUGAGGAGUGCAUCAGUGUUUUUAGAGAAGAAGCUGUGAAGGUUAACAGCCGCCUCAUCGGCAGCACACAGCUCAUCCUGGUGGAAGGAGAAAGUAAAAGAUCUGCCGAGGACCUGUGUGGGAGAACUGACGGCAAUAUGAAAGUGAUUUUCCCCAAAGAGGAUGUUGCUGCUCAGCCUGCAGAAUCCGGCACGGCACCGAUCUGUGCUGGAGACUAUGUGCUUGUGAAGAUUUCAUCGGCCAGCUCCCAGAGCCUGAGAGGUCGAGCCCUCGCUCAUUCGUCCCCGAGAGGCUCCGUGAAGCAACGUGAGACUCGGUUUGAUGAAUUUGCAGCCUCAGAAGCAACCGUGAUCGAAGCGUGUCACUGACUGACACAGGUGACACCACAUGAAACAGCUGCUAUCACAUUUCCUUCUUCUCUGGCUGUUUUUGUGGGAGUAUGUGUCAGCUUGGGCUGCUGUGACGAGCUAUAAAAACCUCAAUGUGUUAUUUACACAUUCACUUCCAGCUGUGUGUGUGUAUCUAUGUAUAUGUUGAUCAGUUUAAUUUAUUAAAUAGAUAUUUGGAA